GGACGCGCAACGUCAACCCCACUGGUGCCUGCUAUCUAGCUUGGUUCCCUACCUACAUGUAAGUAAGUACUUAGGAAAGUACCCAGCGUAUGCCCAUCCCAUCUCGCAAUUAGUUUGCCUUGGAUCGACCACCUGCGCUACUAACCUCUCUGCCCUGAACAUUCAAAGGCUGAGGCUACAGCUGGAUCUCACAUCAGGUCAGACCUGGCAGAAACGCAUCAGGUGCUUUUUGGCGUCAAACCCCGCAAUCUCAGCCUCACCAACAUGGCCGAGGGAAAAUGCUGGACCAUCUUGGAGAACAACCCCGACGUGAUGAACGCCCUCAAAAAGAAGCUCGGCCUAUCGGACGAACUGGAGUUCUACGACGUCUACUCGCUCGACGACCCUGAGCUCCUGUUCUACAUCCCCAGGCCAGCCCACGCCCUGCUCGUCAUCAUCCCCCUCACCAAGCCCUGGGACGAUGAGCGCAAGGCCGAGGACGCGGUCUUGGAGGACUACACCGGCUCGGGCGACAAGGAAGCUGUCAUCUGGUUCAAGCAGACCAUCGGCAACGCCUGUGGCUCGAUCGGGCUCCUGCACUCGGUCAUCAAUGGCCCUGCGAAGAACCACAUCCUCCCAGGCAGCGAUCUGGAGAAGAUCCGGCGUGACGCCAUCCCCCUGGGCAUGAAAGACCGCGCCCAGAUGCUCUACGACAACGAGGCCUUUGAGGCAGCCCACAAAUCGGUCGUUCAUAUUGGCGACACCGCUGCGCCCCCGCUCGACAAUAAACGCCAUGCCGGCCAGCACUUUGUCAGCUUCGUCAAGGAGGGCGGGCGCCUCUGGGAGCUGGAGGGGGGCAGGAAAGGUCCCAUCGACAGGGGUGCCCUUGCCGAGGACGAGGACGUGCUGAGCCCCAGGGCUAUCGAGCUGGGUAUUAACAGGGUCAUCAAGCUAGUCCAGGCCGCGGGCGUGGAUAACCUCCGGUUCAGUGUCACGGCUCUCGCUCCCAGGCCCAUACGAGGCUGAGCCUACGCAGGCUUCCCCCCCCCCCUUGCAUUCAGUCGGUGUCGGCUUGGUGCGCCAGUCGCUGUUGAUGCUCCCGGCUAUUCAGCCGUCAGCACACAUUUUAGCUUGUGAACUUCUUGGCACUUUUCUCUUCCCGUUUAAAGAAUCGACUACUAAGUAGCUAGUUGCGGCGAAUGGCCAUAGAUCUGGAUCUAGUGUGUGUGGUUUCGCUUCUAUUCUAUAUAUAUUUAAGGAUAUAUAUAGC